AUGAAGACUGCUGAGCUGGGAUUUCUUCUAGGGUUCUUCAUCUUCUACUCACUGACUACCCCAUUAUCGGGUGGUAUUAACAGACUUAUUGAGAAGAUAUGCAGAAGUCUCAAAGAUCCCUGUGUUAUGGAAAUGGAUGCUGGCAGCUGCUUUGAAAUUCACUUCAGAUAUUUCUACAACAAAACCUCGAAAAAAUGUGAAAAUUUUGUCUUCAGUGGCUGCGAUGGCAACCUUAACAACUACAAGCUUAAAAUAGAAUGUCAAGUAGCCUGUGAAGCAGAAUACAAACUACAAGGCACGCAGUUCCGGACAUUCACCGCCGUAUUUCCACACGGCCAUAGAGAGGCACUUCAUGUAAAACCCAAGGGGAAAUGCUUCCUCUACCACUCAGAAAAGAAUUGUGUGAAAGUGGACAUCUUGGAGUUGGACUUCAAGAAGACUGACAAUAUCGCCUUCUUUGCCUCCAACUUGGUCAUCAUGGCUCCUGCACUAACCACCUACCUCCAUGGUCUCAGUCAAACCAGAUUCUACUACAACACUUUGACAUUUUUGUGCGAGCCCUUCAUCUUCUCUGGCUGUGGAGGCAACAGAAACAACUUUAAACAUAGAUAUAUCUGUGAACAAUAUUGUAUUACUAAACAGUAA